UCAAUGGGCUUCCUGGUGACUAAAGGACCGCCUCCUCCUCCUCCCCCCCCUCCUUUCCUCCGUCUUUGGACAGCCGGCCACAUUCCCCGCUACCUUUCACCCACGAGAAACACCGUUCUGACGGCGAAGCAGUGCGGACAAACCCUGGGACAACAUGGCAUCAGGUGUAACAGUGAACGAUGAAGUCAUCAGGGUGUUCAACGACAUGAAGGUCAGGAAGUCUUCAACCCAGGAUGAGGUGAAGAAGAGGAAGAAGGCUGUGCUGUUCUGUCUGAGUGAGGACAAGAAGACAAUCAUCGUGGAAGAGGGAAAGCAGAUACUGGUGGGGGACAUUGGUGACACAGUGGAAGACCCUUAUGCCAGCUUUGUCAAACUUCUACCCCCCAACGACUGUAGAUACGCCCUGUAUGAUGCCACCUACGAGACCAAGGAGUCCAAGAAGGAAGACCUGGUCUUUCUCUUCUGGGCUCCAGAGAGUGCUCCACUGAAGAGCAAGAUGAUCUAUGCCAGCUCCAAAGAUGCCAUUAAAAAAAAGUUUACAGGUAUCAAACAUGAGUGGCAGGCAAAUGGGCUGGAUGACAUCCAAGACUAUCGCACGCUGGCUGAGAAGCUGGGCGGGAACACGGUGGUGUCUCUGGAGGGCAAACAGCUGUGAUGUCACAGUGAUGAACCAAGCAGAGUCAAGCCAACCGCCGUGCCAUCCAGACUGAAGCUCCUGAACCCACCUGAACACCACUGCUUCACCCAGCAGCUUGCUCUGUCUGUAUCAGUGUCCUGAAGGAGUUAGCAUCUUUAGGCCUCUUUGUUUUCUUUUGGUUUUUGUUCUUUUGCUUUUUUUUUUUUUUUGUUGUUGCUUUUUUCAACAUUAAGAUCUCAUUAACAUAAUGAUAUGCAAACACCUCCCAGUUUGUUGCCACCUGACAUCUGUUCACCUUUCAGAAACAAAACAGAAACGACACUACCAAACCCCAGGAAGGUUGUCUCUCUCACACAGCCAGUUUUGCCAAAAAGUUGAAGUGAAAGAAGCAGCCACAUGUGUUGGAGGUGAGCGUUGCGCUACGAAGCUCCGCCUCCUGCAGCACACGGGUCGCACUCAUGACGCUUUUUACAUAUGACUUUAUUUAUUAUUGUAAAGUGUUGUUUCUUCUCCAGUAUGUUCUAACUAGGCAGACACUGUUAGACUAUGCAUUCAGAAAAGAUUACCCAGCACUUUCUGUUGAAACACUACAGGUUAAGACAGCAAAGAUCCUGCAUUAAAUUCUCUGUAUUUAUGUCUCCAGGGUAACAUUUGUUUACCUCAGCUUUCAUUCCUGUUGGACUCACUAUCAUUCUAGCUGUUUGGUCGUCGCCUUACUUUCAGUUUGAAUGUAACCGUCAAACCAGAGUUAGAGUGCACUUUUAUUUUGUAAACACUAAAGGAUGCAGAUUUGACCCCAGCAGUGAGAGACUACCCCACAACAACAGCAACACAAUGACAUCUGGAGCCUUAAAGUGGAACGUUUCUGAGAUCACAGGAAGCCACUUUGCAAUAAAAGCCUGUGGCAGAUCUGA